AUGGAAGCACUACUACAACCACCUCCACCAACACCAACACUACUACAACCACCACUACAACCACUACAACCACCUCCACCACCACCUCCACUACUACAACCACCUCCACCACCACCACCACUACUACAACCACCACUACCUCCACCAACACCAACACCACCACCACCACCACCACCACUACCACCACCACUUCAACCACCUCCACCACCACCACUACAACCACCACUACCUCCACCAACACCAACACCACCACCACCACCUCCACCACCACUACCACCACCACCACCACCACCACCACUACCACCACCUCCACCAACACCACCACUACAACCACCUCCACCACCACCACCACUACCACCACCUCCACCACCACCACCACUACAACCACCUCCACCAACACCACCACUACAACCACCUCCACCACCACCACCACUUCAACCACCACCACCACCACCUCCACCACCACCACCACUACAACCACCUCCACCAACACCACCACUACAACCACCUCCACCACCACCACCACUACAACCACCUCCACCACCAACACCACCACUACUACAACCACCUCCACCAACACCACCACUACAACCACCACUACAACCACCUCCACCACCACCACCACCACCACCACCUCCACCACCACCACCACCACUUCAACCACCUCCACCACCACCACCACUACAACCACCUCCACCACCACCACCACUACAACCACCACUACAACCACCUCCACCACCACCUCCACCACCACCUCCACCACCAACACCACCACUACAACCACCACUACAACCACCUCCACCACCACCACCACUACAACCACCUCCACCACCACCACUACAACCACCUCCACCACCACCACCACUACAACCACCUCCACCAACACCACCACUACUACAACCACCUCCACCACCACCACCACUACAACCACCUCCACCAACACCACCACCACUACAACCACCUCCACCAACACCACCACCACUACAACCACCUCCACCACCACCACCACUACAACCACCAAUACAACCACCUCCACCACCACCACCACUACAACCACCUCCACCAACACCACCACCACUACAACCACCACUACCUCCACCAACACCACCACUACUACAACCACCACUACCUCCACCACCACCACCACUACAACCACCUCCACCAACACCACCACCACCUCCACCAACACCACCACCUCCACCAACACCACCACCUCCACCAACACCACCACCACCACCACCUCCACCAACACCACCACCUCCACCAACACCACCACCACCACCACCUCCACCAACACCACCACCUCCACCAACACCACCACCACCACCACCUCUACUACCACCACCUCUACUAUUACCACCACCUCCACCAACACCACCACCUCCACCAACACCACCACCCCCACAACCACCACCUCUACUACUACCACCACCUCUACUACCACCACCUCUACUAUUACCACCACCUCCACCAACACCACCACCUCCACCAACACCACCACCACCACCACCUCUACUAUUACCACCACCUCCACCAACACCACCACCUCCACCAACACCACCACCUCUACUACUACCAACACCUCUACUACCACCCUCUACUACCACCCUCUCAACUAUUACCACCACC